AUGGAUUUGAGGACCAGGGUUUGUGUCUUCAGCACCUUUUUAGGGAGCUGCCUAAGUCUGGCCCUUUUGGUGUCAUCCCUUUCGACCGACAAAUGGGCCGAAGCUACGGCCACCAGGCCAACGCCGGAAUCCGAAGGUAGAAUAAAUCUCGGUUUAUUCUUCGAAAAAGAAUUAAAUGUCGCCUACGGUUGGAGGACAGAUUAUAUCCAUGUAAUUCGAACGAUGAGGAUGGACCACGAGUUCCUGAUUUACUGGUACUGGCUCUCCUGUGUCAGCGGUUUGGCCCUUGGUAUAUUUUUUGCAGCUGCAUCAGGAAUUUGUGCAGUCGUCAUCAGUGCAGGAAGAAGGGCCAAGAGGCUGAGGAGUCUUUAUGUCACCAACGGAAUCACUGUUCUCGGCCAGUGCAUAUCAAUCGGAAGUUGGCUUGCACAAUUCUUCUUGUGUCUGAGGUACAACAUGUUAACACAAGACGAUAAGAAAAAUGCUUGGACGAGCGACGGACAAGCCCAACUUGGCAGCUCUUUUUGGUAA